AUGGCUGAUUUACCUUUUGCGAGAGUGAAUCCCGGAAGACCAUUUCUUAAAUGUGGAACUGACAUUUCAAGACCAUUCUUGAUCAGCCCUAGACGUGGUAGAGGAGUUAAACCACUGAAAAUGUACGUAUGUGUGUUUGUAUGCUUUGCAACGAAAGCCGUCCAUUUAGAACUUGCCAGUGACCUUAGUGCUCAGGCAUGCAUUGCAGCUCUGAAACGAUUCAUAGGACGACGAGGAAAGCCCGCUGAAAUAUUCAGUGAUUGUGGAACGAACUUUAUCGGUGCAAAGAAUUACUUAAAAGCGUGUACGAUGGAGGCACUUGGUACUUACUUGACCAACGAAGGCGUUAAAUGGACAAUGAAUGUUCCAUCAGCCCCUCAUUUUUGA